UUGAAAAGAGAGCUGUUUGACUUAAAAUCGAAGUAUUUACCACUAUCCGCUGCAUGUAACCGUGCACUUCCCGAGCGAUACAUCGCGUUCUCUCCAUCAAAUGGCUUAGUUAUGUUUGCCAUAAAAGAUGAUAUACCUUACGUCAUCGCGCAGUCUCAAAUUAUACCACAGAUACCAACCUGUUACGAUUUCUACGACGGAAUCCUUGCUUUCGGCACUCCAACCGGAAAGAUAAUUUUCGCAGACGUUUCAGAAGGGAAAUACACACAGAACUACCUUGCAUCCAGCACAUCCAUUGAAAAGAUCAAGUUCCUUACCAAAGAUGUCCUUCUGUGGUACUCAAAAACCGAGUGUGGAUCAAUAAAUCUUCCCAAGCGCCAAGUUAUUCCAAUCCACACUCGCCUUGGCCCUGCCACAGACCUAAUAUGUUCAGAGGAGCUCGGCGUUUUCGUCCACGGCAAAUACGACCUUGGUAUUUUUUAUGAUGUCAAACAAAAGCCGAUGACUCUUCAAACAUCCAUCACCGCUGUUGCAGUCCAAGUAUCCAGAAUACCAGCAACAUGUUUCCAAGGCGAUACUCCCAAUUUCGCCGUAUUAUUAUCUACCGGAGAAAUCCAAGUCUACACAUACAAGAACGGCAUAGCACAGAUGCCUGUUCUGAGGCUGCGUAACUCACGGGAGAACUCCAGGACAACUUGUCUUGCUUGGAAAGGCGAUUGCAUCAUAACUGCUGACACAGACGGCGUAAUUAUGUUUUACGACUUUGCUUUCGGUACAUCGAAGCAAACAUACUCUCCUUUCAUCGACAUAGACAGGAUAGAGUUCGAGAGAUCAUCCAGCGGAUUGUACGUACACGCGAGAGACGGAAAAUUUGGUUUUUCACUUGAAAAAGUGGAAAGUUGUCCUUUUUCUGUUUCCUCAUUCGCUGUAACAGGAAAUGGACUCGUCCUCGUCUCCCCGCUCAAUGACGAAGCCGUGAAAUUC